AUGUUGACAAAUUGUCAGAUUAACAACUUUCAGAUAACGUCUCAAAUAGGAUCUGGAGCGUAUGGUCUGGUUUUCCACGCUGUGGAUAUGAUCACAGAGAAUGAAUAUGCCGUGAAAGCUGUGGUUAAAUCAUCUUCGCUCAAUGACGUGGGUAAGCCAACAACACAGGAUAAUUUGAAGAAAAGUACAGUGCUGCAGACUCAGUUAUAUCAUUACUUUAAAUCGUUUCAGAAUAGACUGUUUUUGCCAUCAAUCGAUCUGGAUUCGAUUCAGGCUUUGACUAAUGCGCAAUUGGCCAAGGCCCCUCAUUACAAAGAGAUCGCUUUACAUCUAAAAGUGCAUUCUCACGAGAAUAUCGUGACAAUCCAUCAAGUUCUGGAGUCGCCAUUGGCCACAUUUAUCGUUAUGGAUUACUAUCCAAGGGAUUUAUUCACCUCAAUCGUCGAUGAAAAGUAUUUCAGCGAGAAUGGCUUGCUGAUUAAGAAGGUCUUUCUUCAGCUAUGCUCAGCCUUAGACCACUGUCAUCAUAUGGGGGUGUAUCAUUGCGAUAUCAAGCCAGAGAAUAUCUUACUGGAUGCCAACGAUAAUAUACAUCUUUGCGACUUUGGACUUUCGACGACUUGCCAAUACUUGGCCCCGAACGUUUGCAUUGGUUCGUCGUACUACAUGGCGCCAGAAAGAAUUCUUUACUGCAACGAAAAUACUCAAGAUACAAUGGUGACAAGCUUUCCAACGGCCACUGGUGACAUAUGGUCUCUGGGGAUAAUACUGAUCAAUCUGACGUGCAUUCGGAACCCAUGGUUGAAAGCCCAUCAAACUGAAGAUAACACUUUUAAUUACUUCACCCGUGACUCGAACGUUCUUAAGAAGAUUCUGCCCAUAUCGGAACAGCUCUAUUGUCUGAUUGCCAGGAUAUUGCAGUUGAACCCUUACAACAGAAUUGAUAUACGAACGUUGAUGUCGGAGAUGGCAAAUAUUACCAGUUUCACCAACGACGGUGGACCGUUGUCAACCGUUCCACAACUUUCACAAGAGCUUUACAAUACUUUUAUCAUCGGCGAUAAAGGUAUGUCACUUAAGGAAAUAUUACACUCGUAUCACGAUGAUGAAGAGACGGAUGAAAGGCAGAGUUGCGAAUCAUAUCCUUCAUCCUCCGGAAUAUCAACAUAUACUGACGAAAACAACACACCAGCUGGUUCCUCCAACGUGGAGAUAACACCAUAUUCAUCCGAUGUUGACGAGAUGAUUCUGAAGGUUAAUAAUGCCCUCAGUAUAAACAACAGUUUUGCCGUGAACGAGCGAGAGUCACUGUCACAACAGCAAGCUACCCUUCCGUGUCUGCAAGCAAAUCUGUCAACCAUCACAAAUUAUUCCAUCAGCAAUGUGCAACCUGAAGGUUUCAAUUGGUUGCCCAACUACAACAAUACAUGA